UUCAACUGAAAAAAUUAUUAACAGAACUCCAUGCUAUAAAACAGACAUAGAAAACGAAGAAUUUAGUGAUUUAGCCAUUCAUGAUUUAAUAUUUAAACCAUUUGAAUUUUGGCCUGAAAAGAUGAUGCUUCAUUCAUUGCAUUGGAUAUCUUUUUAUAAAAAUUUGUCAGAAGGUG